AUGGACGAGCGCCUGAGCCUGCUCCGCUCGCCGGGCGCCUCCGCCGCGGGCCGCCCGGCGCGGGGCAGCGGCGGCAGCAGCAGCCCCCGCGCCCGGCGCCGCGGCGACCAGGCGGCGGAGGAGGAGGAGGAGAGGGAGGAAGGCAGCAUGCCCGUGGCGGCCGGGGGUGACGCGUCGCCCGACGAGCCGCGGCAUCGCCCGCCGGCGCUGCCCGCCGAGCGCGGCGAGCGCGAGUGCUGCGAGCGGGUGGUCAUCAACAUCUCGGGCUUGCGCUUCGAGACGCAGCUGCAGACGCUGGCGCAGUUCCCCGAGACGCUGCUCGGAGACCCGCGCAAGCGCGGCCGCUACUUCGACCCGCUCCGCAACGAGUACUUCUUCGACCGCAACCGGCCCAGCUUCGACGCCAUCCUCUACUAUUACCAGUCCGGCGGGCGCAUCCGGCGGCCCGUCAACGUCCCCAUUGACAUCUUCUCCGAGGAGAUCCGCUUCUACCAGCUUGGGGAGGAGGCCAUGGAGAAGUUUCGAGAGGACGAGGGCUUCAUUCGGGAGGAGCAGAGGCCACUCCCUGAUAAGGAGUUUCAGCGGCAAGUGUGGCUCCUCUUYGAGUACCCAGAGAGCUCUGGGCCAGCCCGAGGCAUUGCCAUCGUUUCCGUCCUGGUCAUCCUCAUCUCUAUUGUCAUCUUCUGUCUGGAGACRUUGCCUGAGUUCAGGGAUGACCAUGACUUUGAGGGAACUGCAGGAAACUUUGGGACAGAUGGUGGCCCUUUUCCAACCAAUGUCCUCACCAAUUCCUCCUCCACGUCUGCUUCCAUGGUGUCGUCCUUCACCGACCCAUUCUUCGUGGUAGAGACUUUGUGCAUCAUUUGGUUUUCUUUUGAGCUGCUUGUGCGCUUCUUCACUUGCCCCAGCAAGGCCACCUUCUCCAAGAACAUCAUGAACAUCAUUGACAUUGUGGCCAUCAUCCCCUACUUCAUCACACUGGGAACUGAGCUGGCUGAGAGGCAAGGGAAUGGCCAGCAAGCCAUGUCCUUAGCCAUCCUCCGCGUGAUCCGCCUGGUGCGGGUCUUCCGCAUCUUCAAGCUCUCGCGGCACUCCAAGGGGCUGCAGAUCCUGGGGCAGACCCUCAAGGCCAGCAUGCGGGAGCUGGGCCUGCUCAUCUUCUUCCUCUUCAUCGGCGUCAUCCUCUUCUCCAGUGCCGUCUACUUUGCCGAAGCUGAUGACCCCAGCUCGGGCUUCAGCAGCAUCCCCGAUGCCUUCUGGUGGGCCGUGGUGACCAUGACUACAGUGGGCUACGGGGACAUGCACCCCAUCACCAUUGGCGGCAAGAUCGUGGGCUCGCUCUGCGCCAUCGCGGGCGUGCUCACCAUCGCUCUGCCCGUGCCCGUCAUCGUGUCCAACUUCAACUACUUCUACCACCGCGAGACCGAGGGCGAGGAGCAAGCCCAGUACAUGCACGUUGGCAGUUGCCAGCACCUCUCGUCCAGCGAGGAGAUGAGGAAGGCCCGGAGCAACUCCACGCUGAGCAAGUCGGAGUACCUGGUCAUGGAGGAAGGGGGCAUCAACCACAGUGCAUUCAAGCAGGCUGCCUUGAAGACGGCCAACUGCACGGCCACAAACAAUCCCAACUGYGCGAACAUCAAAAAGAUCUUUACGGAUGUUUAAGAGCAGAACAAARCACCAGAGCAAACGCCUGAGGCUGCAAACCCACGACCACAACAACAACAACGAAUACUGAUGCAAAGUGACUGUGUUCUCAGUGUUGUGUGGACCAUGCACCAUCGUCGGUCUGUGUGUGCCCUUGGUUUUAUACGUCGAUUUUUAUUUUUAUUAUUUUUUUUAGAUUG